UUGAAGAAAGCGAUUGAAUAAAUCGCAGCCGUUGACGUGUCGAAUACGAUAUAAAUAACCCCAAAAUCUCGCCGUCUACUUCAUUUUGCUAAGGCGGGAAGUCGAAAAAUAACCCCCAAGAAAUGCUCGAACCGAAGAUGAGCCUCCGGAAGGGCUCCAAAGUGUGGGUGGAAGACAGGGAAUUAGCUUGGGUUGCAGCUGAAGUCGUCGAUUUUGUUGGCAAGCAAGUCCAAGUCGUUACUGCUUCUCGGAAGAAGGUUUGGGCAUCUAAUGAGAAGCUACUCCCAAGGGAUCCAGAUGCAGAAGACCAUGGUGGAGUUGAUGAUAUGACAAAAUUAACAUAUCUUAAUGAGCCUGGAGUCCUUUACAACCUUGAGAUAAGAUAUGCUCUCAAUGACAUUUAUACAUACACAGGAAGCAUAUUGAUUGCUGUUAACCCAUUCACAAAGCUUCCUCAUCUUUACAAUGUGCACAUGAUGGAGCAAUAUAAGGGUGCUCAAUUUGGUGUGCUAAGCCCUCAUGUUUUUGCAGUGGCUGAUGCAUCAUAUAGAGCUAUGAUGAAUGAGGCUCGAAGCCAGUCUAUACUUGUCAGUGGUGAAAGUGGGGCUGGGAAAACCGAGACAACAAAGCUUAUUAUGCAGUAUCUUACAUAUGUUGGUGGGCGUGCUGCUGGUGAUGACAGAACAGUUGAGCAGCAAGUUCUAGAAUCUAAUCCGCUCUUGGAGGCAUUUGGUAAUGCUAAAACUGUUAGAAAUGACAAUUCAAGUCGUUUUGGCAAAUUUGUUGAGAUCCAGUUUGAUGCCAAUGGUAGAAUAUCUGGCGCUGCAAUCAGAACUUACCUUCUUGAACGGUCCCGUGUAGUUCAGAUAACAGAUCCUGAAAGGAAUUAUCACUGCUUUUAUCAAUUGUGUGCAUCUGGAAGGGAUGCUGAGAAGUAUAAGCUGGGCAAACCAGAUAACUUUCACUAUUUAAAUCAAAGCAAAUCCUAUGAAUUAGAAGGAGUGAGCAAUGGUGAGGAAUACAUGAAGACAAGGAGGGCAAUGGGGAUUGUUGGUAUAAGUCAUGAUGAUCAGGAAGCCAUAUUUCGAACUUUGGCUGCUAUUCUACAUCUGGGAAACGUUGAAUUUUCUCCUGGCAAAGAGCAUGACUCAUCUGUUUUAAAGGACCAGAAAUCUAACUUUCAUAUUCAGAUGGCUGCUGAUCUUUUUAUGUGCGAUGUCAACCUUCUGCGUGCAACUCUUUGUACACGUACAAUCCAAACCCGUGAAGGGGAUAUUAUUAAAGCUCUUGACUGUAAUGCUGCUGUUGCUAGUCGGGAUGCUUUGGCAAAGACUGUUUAUGCUAAGCUGUUUGAUUGGCUUGUUGAGAAGGUCAACAGGUCUGUUGGGCAAGAUCUGAAUUCCCGGGUGCAAAUUGGAGUUUUGGACAUCUAUGGUUUUGAGUGCUUUAAGCAUAAUAGCUUUGAGCAAUUUUGCAUUAAUUUUGCAAAUGAAAAGCUUCAGCAACAUUUUAAUGAGCAUGUAUUUAAGAUGGAGCAAGAGGAGUAUAGCAAAGAAGAAAUUAAUUGGAGCUACAUUGAAUUUAUAGACAACCAAGAUGUUUUGGAUCUGAUUGAGAAGAAACCUAUUGGAAUAAUUGCCCUCUUGGAUGAAGCUUGCAUGUUUCCAAAAUCAACACACAAAACAUUUUCGACCAAGCUGUUUCAGAAUUUACAGACUCACCAAAGGUUGGAGAAGGCAAAAUUUUCGGAAACAGAUUUUACCAUUUCCCACUAUGCUGGCAAGGUCACUUAUCAAACAGAUACCUUCCUAGAUAAAAACCGUGAUUAUGUGGUGGUGGAACAUUGCAAUCUGUUGUCUUCUUCCAAAUGCCCUUUUGUUGCUGGUCUUUUCCCUUCAAUGCCUGAGGAAUCUUCAAGAUCUUCAUACAAGUUUUCUUCUGUGGGAUCUAGAUUCAAGCAACAACUUCAAGCGCUCAUGGAAACCCUUAACUCAACAGAGCCUCAUUAUAUUCGCUGUGUGAAGCCAAACUCUUUGAACCGUCCUCAGAAAUUUGAGAGUCAGAGUAUCUUGCAUCAGUUACGCUGUGGGGGUGUUUUAGAGGCUGUUCGAAUAAGCCUGGCAGGCUAUCCCACUAGGAGGAAUUAUUCUGAGUUUGUGGAUCGCUUUGGCCUAUUGGUUCCUGAGCUCAUGGAUGGAAGUUUUGACGAAAGAACUACGACGGAGAAAAUUCUGCUGAAGCUAAAGCUUGAGAAUUUCCAAUUGGGAAAGACCAAAGUGUUUCUUAGAGCUGGGCAGAUCGGUGUUUUAGACUCCAGACGGGCUGAGGUUUUGGAUAGUGCAGCCAAACACAUUCAGGGUCGAUUUAGAACAUUUAUUGCACACAGGGAUUUUGUUUCAAUUCGAGCAGCCGCAUUUGCACUCCAAGCAUACUGCAGAGGAUGUCAUGCUCGGAAUAUCUAUGCAGCAAAACGACAGGCUGCAGCGGCUCUUUUAUUACAAAAAUAUGUUCGCAGAUGGCUACUGAGGAAUGCUUAUAUGCAGCUCUAUUCUGCUUCUGUUCUUUUACAGUCUAGCAUCCGUGGUUUCUCAAUUCGUCAAAGAUUUUUGUACCAAAAGAAGCAUAGAGCUGCCACUCGAAUUCAGGCUCAAUGGAGGAUGUGCAAGGUUCGAUCAAUUUUCCGCAAUCGUCAAGGUUCGAUUAUAGCAAUCCAAUGCCGAUGGAGGCAAAAACUGGCAAAAAGAGAGCUCCGGAAGCUUAAACAAGAGGCAAAUGAAGCAGGCUUCUUGCGCUUGGCAAAGAAUAAACUUGAGAAGCAGUUGGAAGAUCUCACUUGGCGUUUGCAACUAGAAAAAAGAUUACGGGUGUCUAAUGAAGAGGCUAAGUCGGUAGAAAUUUCAAAACUUAAAAAAGCAUUGGGAACUUUGAACCUUGAGUUAGAUGCAGCUAAAUUGGUGACAGUUAACGAAUGUAACAAGAAUGCAGUGCUGCAAAAUCAGUUAGAUUUAUCAUUUAAGGAGAAAUCUGCUUUGGAAAGAGAACUCAUUGGAAUGACAGAAUUAAGAAAGGAAAAUGCAUUUUUAAAGAGUUCUUUAGAGAGCUUGGAAAAGAAGAACUCAGAAUUGGAGUUCGAGCUUAUCAAGGGUCAGAAAGAUAGAAAGGAUACCUUGGAAAAGUUGCACGAAGUUGAGCAAAAGUGUUUGCAGUUUCAGCAGAAUUUACAGAGUUUGGAGGAGAAGCUCUCAAGUUUAGAGGAUGAGAAUCAUGUACUGCGACAAAAAGCAUUGACCCCUUCUCCAAAGAGCAACCACCCUGGAUUUGUCAAGUCAUUUUCAGAAAAGUACACUGGUCCUCUUGCCCUUGCUCAGUCUGACCGGAAGCCUGUAUUUGAGUCUCCCACACCUACAAAACUAAUUGUUCCUUUUUCACAUACCUUAUCUGAAUCUCGCCGAUCAAAGUUUGCUAUUGAAAGGCAUCCGGAGAACCAUGACUUCCUUUCGAGUUGUAUUAAAGCGGAUUUGGGGUUUAAAGAAGGCAAACCUGUGGCAGCAUGUAUCAUAUAUAAAUGUCUUCUUCACUGGCAUGCUUUUGAAUCUGAGAGGACGGCUAUUUUUGAUCAUAUAAUUGAGGGAAUUAAUGAGGUUCUUAAGGUGGGGGAUGAGAAUAUCGCAUUGCCAUAUUGGUUAUCAAAUGCCUCAGCGCUGCUAUGCCUCCUGCAGAGGAAUUUACGAUCAAACGGUUUCUUGACUACAAUUUCUCAACGUUCUGGUGGAUCUUCUGGGAUAACAGGAAGGGUUGCACAAAGUCUAAAAUCUCCUUUCAAAUAUAUUGGGUUCGAUGAUAGUAUGUCCCAUGUUGAAGCAAGGUAUCCUGCUAUACUAUUCAAACAACAAUUAACGGCUUGUGUGGAGAAGAUUUUUGGCUUAAUUCGUGAUAAUUUGAAGAAAGAAAUAUCACCGCUACUGGGUUCAUGCAUUCAGGCACCAAAAACCGUUCGACUACAUGCUGGAAAAUCAGCUAGAUCACCUGGAGGUCUUCCUCAGCAAUCACAAAGUAGUCAGUGGGAUAGCAUCAUCAAAUUCUUGGAUUCUCUUAUGGAUCGUUUACUGGGAAAUCAUGUACCCUCCUUUUUCAUCCGGAAGCUCAUUACGCAGGUUUUCUCAUUCAUCAAUAUAUCACUAUUCAAUAGUCUUCUACUAAGACGUGAAUGUUGCACAUUUUCAAAUGGAGAAUAUGUGAAAUCUGGUCUAGCAGAUCUAGAAAAAUGGAUAGCCAGUGUAACAGAGGAGUUUGCAGGAACAUCCUGGCAUGAGCUAAACUAUAUUAGGCAAGCUGUUGGGUUUCUGGUGAUACAUCAGAAGAGGAAAAAAUCUUUGGAAGAGAUCAUGCAGGAUCUUUGUCCGGCAUUGACCGUUAGACAAAUAUACCGAAUUAGUACUAUGUAUUGGGAUGAUAAAUAUGGCACUCAGAGUGUCUCAAAUGAGGUGGUUGCUCAGAUGAGGGACAUGUUGAAUAAGGACAAUCAGAAUCUAACAUCAAAUUCAUUCUUGUUGGAUGAUGAUCUGAGCAUUCCAUUUUCUACUGAAGACAUAUACAUGGCUAUCCCACCAAUGGAUCCUUCAGAUGUUGAGCUGCCACCAUUCUUAUCUGAACAUCCAUCUGUGCAGUUUCUGAUCCUCCAUCCCAAGUAAAUAAACCGGUAGAUAUUUCCCAAAGAACUGCCACUUGGAAGUUUUGCAUAAUUUGGACAUAUGUCCGUGUCUGGAGAGGCCGGCUCUUUGGACAAAAAAUCAUCAUCUCUGUAUGCUCGAGAGAGGAUUGUUAGUAGUCAGUCAUCAGAAAAUGGUAAAGCUCACUAAACAUACUACUACUCAAAUGAUUGGGAAUUGCCUCUGUUCUUGAUCAUAGAUUCCUAAUGUAGUUUCAUGGAUUAAUUACUAGGGAGUUAUACAUCCUCAAAUUACAUGUAGGGUUAUGCAGUAGUGGAUGAUGAUUAUUUGGGGGGAUGAAUUAGAGUCUCCUCUACUUAAAAGCUGCCUCUUUUUCUUUUCUUUUUUUCCCCUCCUUUAACUUUUAUGAAGCCCCACCCUUUUAAGCUAUGUACAUGAUCCAAUCUUAUAGGAAAAGGCAUCCGUGUUGUAUUCCACUUAUCUUCUACCUUUUUCCUAUUGUGUAAAUUGACUUGGACAACAAAGAAUUUCAUUCAUUGGUAGUAAAAUUACUAUUUUUCCA